AUGUUUACAAAUGCAGUUUUAGCAUUUUUCGGUGUGGGUAAAUCCUCCUCCUUUAUAGAAAUAGAUUAUCGUGAUAGUAUUGAUCAACAGGUUUCACGAUCUGCAUACUGUGAGACUUGUGGCAAGAUUCAUGGGGGGGAGUGUUAUUGGGCCACUGGAGCCUGUUUUAACUGCGGAGGCAAGGGUCAUUUAGCAAGAGACUGUACUAAUGCUCCGAGAUAUGGUCCAGCUCCUACUACUGCCGAGGGAUCUAUUCAGAGUCCUGCUCCCAGAGGUUCACAGUCAGUUGGCAGAGGAAGAGGCAGAGGUAGAGGCACUGCUUCAGGCAGUCAGGGCACAAUUGGUCAGUCAGGACAAGGAAGUGCUUCAACCAGAAUCUACGCAAUGAAACAGCGAGAAGAGGCUGAGACUUCUGAUGUGGUAGCUGUUGAAAAGAAUAUCGGGAAGGAACCCGAGGAACCGAGUCGAGGCUAAAGGACGACUCGUUUGAGGUUUGUGCACAAUAUUACUAUGCUUUAAAAAAAAAAUUCAUUGAUUAAAUGAAUGAAAUAUGCAUUUUAUUGUUGCUUUGAAUUGU